CUCUGUAUCAGAGUGCCACUUUUGUUUAUUUAUAUUUUUGGCAAAACAAAACAAAAAGUCCAUUUUACAAAAAUGCCGCCCAGCAAACUUGACAGUCUGUAUCGUCGAAUGUUAAUUACACGCUUCUUUGAGAAAGGUUGGGGCAAACCAGAAAAUUUACGUAGAGUAUUUCAGUUCCGAAAAAUAAUUUCCAGUAGAGAAACAUGCUUCAAACUCGUCCCCCGCGAUUAUCCUGUGGAAAUCACGAAAAAAGAAAUAUACUCCGAAAGCACAUUAAUAGAAGGCAAAUUUAUGACACCAUUGGAGCUGCAUUUGCCUGGAGUCGUUCCUAAAGCAGCACAGAAUGCAUACUUUCAGUUGUUAAUUCCAAAUAAAUGGGUGGAUGAGCAUCAUAAGCCAGUUUGCAUACAUUUAGCCGGAACUGGAGAUCAUUUUUUCUGGAGACGAAGAAACUUUAUUGCUAAACCCCUAUUAAAAGAUGCUAACAUUGGUUCUAUUAUAUUGGAAAACCCAUUUUAUGGAUUGAGAAAACCAGACGAUCAAAUACGAUCAAAUUUACACAAUGUGUCAGAUAUAUUUGUUAUGGGCGGCUGUCUGAUCCUUGAAUGCCUUGUACUUUUGCAUUGGUGUGAAAGAAAUGGAUUCGGACCACUUGGCGUUACAGGACUGUCAAUGGGAGGACAUAUGGCGUCAUUAGCAGCAACAAAUUGGCCGAAACCCUUGGUGCUAGUUCCUUGUUUAUCCUGGUCAACGGCUUCUGCCGUUUUUACUACAGGUGUAAUGAGCCAAUCGAUUAACUGGGAUAUGCUGGAGACGCAGUAUUACUCGGAUGGACUUUAUCGGGAACGUUUAUCCAAAAUGGUCACUGUAAUUGACGAUGCCUUUGAGGCGGGACAAAAGUUCAUACAAAACUUUAAUCAGUCGCUGCAUGAGCUUAGGGAGGACAUAAGUGACACAAGACAAAUUCAAGAGCUAAAUGACGACACGGUUGUGGGUGACAAGUACGAUGUGCAAGGGAAUUCGGAUAAAAAUGAUUCCAACUCAAUAUUCCUAUCAAAGACAAUCAAAAAUGCCAAGCUGGACUCGGACAAUUUGACAUUACCUUUAAAAGAAGCUCCCAACGGUCAAAGAAACGUCAUCCCAUCUCAAAACUCGACGAAAUCCACUUUGACAAAACUGAUGAAAUUGAUUUUACCAGCGGCUGCAGAGAGUAAAAACGAUAAAAUUGAUAUUACCAAGACAAAUUGGUGGGAGCGGGAAGCCCUGCAAUUUAUGCGUGGAAUGAUGGAUGAAUGUACACAUUUAAAAAAUUUCUCAAAGCCAUAUGAUACCUCUUUAAUAAUUGUCGUCUGUGCCAAAGACGAUGCGUACGUGCCACGGGAUGGAUGUUCGAGCCUCGAAGACAUUUGGCCAGGAGCUGAAAUUAGGUAUCUGGACGCUGGGCAUGUCAGUGCCUAUGUCUUACAUCAAAAACUAUUUAGGUCGUGCAUUAAAGAAGCUUUUGAUAGAGCUAAAAAAAUACGCAAUAUUGGUGAAGAUCUAAAAUGUGAAAUGACAUAUCAACAGCUGUUAAAUAAAUAUGCCAAAAAUAUAUAAUAAACAACUUUAAAACAAAAAA